UGAGGCCCCUCUGCCCGCCCUUUGCACCUCUUGUGCGCUUCGAGGGCGCGUCCCGGUCGCCCGCGGCCCCUGCGAGGCCCUGUGCGGUCGCCGGCGAGCUGCGCCCGAAGAUGCGCCCCUGGACUGCAGGUACUUUGAAGGCCGCGUUCUUCUUCUUUGCCUCCAUAAGCGCCUGGUAUUCCGGGUACCUGCUGGCAGAGCUCAUUCCAGAGGUGUCCCUGACCAGAGCUGUUUACGGCUUCCGGAGCAUUGCUGAGAAGCCCCUCCUCAAGGCCCCAACCCCUAAAAGGCAGAAAUGCGACCACUGGACCCCGUGCCCCUUGAACACCUAUGCCUACCGCUUGCUCAGUGGGGGCGGCCAGGACAAGUAUGCCAAAAUCUGCUUUGAGGAUGAGCUGCUCAUCGGAGAAAAGACUGGAAAUGUUGGAAGAGGAAUAAAUAUUGCCAUUGUCGACUAUCUGACUGGAAAAGUGAGAGCAACACAGUAUUUUAAUAUGGUCGAAGGUGAUAACUCUGGACUGAUGGCAAGCUUCAUUCGGAGCGCACCUCCAAAGUCCCUGCUCUUCAUGGUGACCCAGGAUGACGGUGCCAGAGGGCUGAAGGAGGACGCCAAGAAGGUCAUAGAAGCACUUGGAAGUAAACAAAUCAGGAACAUUCAGUUCAGGUCCAGCUGGGUAUUUCUUACAGCAAAAGGCUUCGAACUUCCUGCAGACAUUCAGAGAGAAAAUAUCAACCACUCUGAUAAUGCAAGAAACAGAUACUCGGGCUGGCCCGCAGAGAUCCAGAUAGAAGGCUGCAUACCGAAAAUGCCAAGCUAA